AUGGCGAACUCGAAAGAGAACACUCCCACCGGGAGCCCGUCUCCCUCAGAAGAAAACUUAAGCGACAAGAUCCGUCUCGCCGCGAAGAUCGACUUCGCCGCAACGAUCUCCUCCGCCAAGAAAGGACGAGAGCCCCCUCCGUCCGCACCACGCCGCUCGAGAAAAUCUUCCUCGAGCGACAAACCCCGCAGCUCGAAGAAAUCCUCCUCGAGCGAGAAGAUCCUCAAACUCAUGGAGAAUCUCGUCAAGCCACUCGCCGACGGUUUCGAGUCAAUGCGAGCACAGCAGAAAAAGACUCAGGAACAGGUGGAAGCCCUAGCACGAGAAGACGAUGAAGAUCCGUCAAGUCCCACCGACGGAACAACCCCCCGUCCUGCGCACUUCAGGCGACUUACCACCAAGAGCUUGAACGGAAGCCCGCUCACCCGCAGGCUCCGCCAGAUUGAGCUACACGAAAGAGUUCGACUCAAAAUCGACUCUUACACCGGCGAAGAAGACCCCAAGAAGUGGCUAACCGCGUUCAACCUCGCCAUGAGGAGGGAGAAAUACAAAUCUUACGAUGAAAGGGAGGCCAACUACUGUCAAGUAUUCGUCGAGCACAUGGCGAAAGAUGCCUUGACCUGGUUCUCUAACCUCCCCGCCGAGUCGAUCGAUAACUUCGACGACCUAACCAAUGCUUUUCUGAAGCAUUACUCCAUGCACAUGACCCGAAUCACUCGGAACAUGUUCACCACAACGCAAACCCAAGGCGAACCAUUGCGCAGCUUUAUGGAAAGGUUCAAACAAGCAGCUCGCGACACUGGCGACAUGCCCGAUAGCGUCCCGCUAGAAGCACUCCGCAACGGCCUCUGGUACGACUCCAAGUUCAAGGAGGAUUUGUCACUAAAACCCCCUGCGACUCUGGAGGACGCGUUCCACCGCUCUCGGAACUACAUCUUCCUCGAGGAAGACCAGCGCUUCUACGCCGAGAAACAUGGAGAUAGGAGGGCAACCUCGACGAAACCCAGAGAGGAACCCAUGGAGGCACGAAGAAGACACGAUCCAAAGAGGUCUCUCCUCACAGCGUUCGCAGCAGCCGACGACGAGUUCGAGCAAGAACACGCAGCGGCCGUUUCGAUGCCACAAGACAUCAACUCGCUCGGAGAUGACAACGAUACCAAAGCUUUCUGCAAGUUCCACGGGAGGACUGGCCACGCCACUGAAAACUGCAAACACCUAAUGAGCAACCUCAUGCGCAUGUACCAUCGAGGAGAAAUCCCGCCAAUGGACGGUGAUAGGUCCCAAGGAAAAAGCUUCCCGCCGAAACCACCAAAAUCUGGGCAGCAGGAGAAGCGCGGACGACAACCCCGUCCGAGGAAGGACGCAGAAAAGGCGGAAGCCCUUGGGAAAAGGAAUCGUGAUGACCACGACGACCUACCUCCACCACCGAAGCGACAAGUCAGCAUGAUCAUGGGAGGCUUCCUGGAUAACGACGAUUCCAUAUCGGCGAUCAAGGAAUACGAACGAAAGGCCGAUGCGAGCGGGCUGGACAUCCCUCACCUUGACCCACUCGUAAUCACUCUACAGAUCCACGACUGUGACGUCGCGAAGGUCCUGGUUGAUACCGGGAGCACGGUGAACCUCAUCUUUCUGGAAACACUGAACCGCAUGGGGUGGAGGAAGGAUCUAUCAAACCUACAUCCCGUCCCCUCACCGGUUUCACCGCCGAGCAUGUUUACAGCUGUGGCACAGUCCGGCUCCCCGUUUAUGUCGGCGGAAUUUCAAAGCUCUUGA